CGUGAAAGAGAACCUAACCUCCAAUUUAAGAAGAAAUCAUGGGGCGCCGUAAAAAGGGUCGUUGUGUAAAGAAAAAUAAACAGAUUAAUUUGGACGAAAAUCCAGAAUUAGUGAAAGCACCUCAUUCGUUUGUCAUUCAUCGUGGUUUACCUGGAGAACAUGUAGCAGAACUCACUAAAGAUUUCCGUAGAAUCAUGGAACCAUUUACGGCAGUGUCACUGAAGGAAAGGAAGCGAAAUACAAUUAAAGAUUUUGUAUCCAUUGCAAGUGUGCUUCAUGUAACUCACAUGUGUAUAUUUACAAGGGCAGAACAGGGAAUGUACUUUAAACUUUGCAGGUUACCAAGAGGACCUACACUUUCUUUCAAAAUACAUAGCUUUUCCUUAGCACGUGAUGUGGUAUCUAUGUUGAAGAAACAAAUGGUAUAUGAAGAACUGUUCAAAAAUUCUCCACUCGUAGUAUUAAAUAACUUUAGUGGAGAAGGUAUGCAAUUGAAACUUAUUGCAUCUAUGUUUCAGAACAUGUUUCCUACAAUAAACUUAACCAAUGUAAAUUUAAGUACUAUUCGCAGAUGUCUUUGCUUAAAUUAUAAUACAACAUCUAAAACAAUUGAUGUCAGACAUUAUGCUAUCAGAGUUGUACCUGUUGGUUUAUCAAAAGGCGUAAAAAAAAUUGUACAAGCUAAAAUACCAAAUUUGUCCAAAUGCGAUGAUUUUUCCGAGUUUUUGACAAAAGGAACUGUUUCUGAAAGCGAAGCAGAAGAUGAUCCUGCAAAUCAUGUCAUAUUACCACAGAAAUUAUCUUCGCGCGGCAACCACGCGAGUAGUCAAAGUGCAAUAAGAUUAUCUGAAUUAGGACCUAGAUUAACGUUAGAGUUGAUUAAAAUUGAGGAUGGGCUUAUGGAUGGUGAAGUACUCUUCCACGAGUAUGUCCAUAAGUCAGAAGAAGAGAAAUUAAUGAUAAAAAAGAAACGAGAAGAAAAGAAGAAAUUGAAGGAAAAAAGGAAAAAGAUACAAGAACAAAAUAAAAAUAAAAAAGAACAAGUGAAACAAGAACACAAAGAAAAAUCAUUAAAAGGAAUGCAGAAAAAGAAAGAAAGCGAAAUGCUGUUACAGAAAAUUGCGAAGGAAUCGGUUGCAGAAAAUACUGUGGAAGAAGAUGAUGAUGCACAAUAUUACCGCGAUGAAGUAGGAGAAGAACCUGAUAAAGAUCUUUUUCAAAGAAAAGUUGGUGAAAAAAGGCCGAAAAAAUUCACACCGACAUAUAAGACAAAAAAAUCUAAACUUGGAGAAUCGUGAUAGGUAAUGG